AUGAGAAAGCUAUGCGAUUUUAAGGACGGUUUGACAGCGGAAAUAAUUGCUUUGGCUCAGGAACAUACUCAGAUUGGUUCUCUACUCUCAAAAAUGAAGUCGGAGCAAACUCGCGACGUAUACGUGGAGCAAUUGUGUCCUUUAGAAGUACCGCUGCGGCGUAUCAAGCUCAAAGUAUUUGGACAUGCGGGUGUUGGUAAAACUCGUUUAAUAUGCGCGCUUCAAAGUGGCAGCAUGAUUGGAUCCAUCAUUGGUGCGGUGCAACGUCGUUUCUCCGAUAAUCCAUCACCAUCAUCGUCAUCGUCGACCACAUCAAGUCCGUCACAAGGUUAUCCUACGCAUUAUGCAGUUAGAGAAAUCAAUCAUUACUAA